AUGCUGAAAUAUCGGACGGAAUAUAUGGUUAUAGAUUUUAUGGAAGAUGGAACUUUAAAAACUGACCAAGGACAUCAAGGAACAUGGUGGUCAGAAUAUGGAAAUAUCAUGUGGAAAAUAUAUUUCCAGCCUUCUAUCAAUGUUGCUACGUACUUCAGCGCACAGCCACACUCUAACAAUCUAACGCACAUACAGUUCUGUUGGAACAAUUUUGGUGAAGCAGCGUUCAUGAGAAGAGGAGUUUUCUACCAAGAUAGGCCGCCAAAUGGCUGGUUACCGCAGUACCUGUUCAGGCCAGUACUUGGCAAGUUUACCGGGGAAGGUGUACGACACACUGACGAUUAA